AUGGCCAUCUCAAAUCGAACCUCGCUGAUCGAAGAAGAACAGGAACUGUCCCCGGCGGGCUCAUCCCCUCCAACCGCCGUCGUCCUCAGCAAUGACUGUCAACCCUCAAAGGAACCUCUCAUCCCCCUCGAGAUCAUCCUCAGUCCGAUCAACCAGAAGAAGGCCUUCCAUUUCGACCAUCUCCUCACCAUCGCCCAACUCACCAGCCAUCUCCUAAACGAUUGGCCAGCCGAUUGGGCCCAGCCUGGCUCGACCGUCCCUCAUCAUGCAAAUCAAUUUAGGAUGGUCUACAUGGGCAGGUUCUUGGACGAGCAAGAAACCUUAAACAGUUUGGGAAAGAAUCGGCCUAUCAUCAUUCAUCUAGUAAUCAAGCCGGACGAAAGCGCGGCAGAGGAAGAAGGUAGUUAG